AUGAAAGCCUCCACUUCUUUGCACCGGCCUCAUCCGAAGAACCGUAAGAACUACAAUGAACAACCUCAACACCAAGACUCAUUAGGAAAACACGAUCUGCAUCAUUACGAUAUGGUGGAAUCGUUGUUGUUUCAUCAGGUACAUUUGGGUCCGUUCUUGAAUGAUCCUCCCAUGAUCACACAAUUCUCUCGGAGUAAAAUUAAUUAUUUGGAUCAUCACUUGUUUGUGAGGGAUUUACAAUUUUCAACGACGGGAACAAUGCAGAAACAACAACAACAACAACAUCAUUAUCACUACUCGGAAAUUCAUCAUCAUACAAGAUCCUUUACCAAUAUCCUUUCAAAUGAAAAUGUUCAUAUUUCGGGAUUUGAUCCAAAUUAUGUGGAUCAUGUUCAUGUUAUUCAUCGAUUUCAUAAGAGUGGAAAUAGUCAUUUGUUUUAUGCUACGUAUCAACAUGUGUUGAUGAUUAUUGAGGCAGGAAGAGUGGUGUAUACUGCAGAAAUGAAUCGUUGUUUAGAUGGUGGUAGUAAUGGAGAUUCUCAUGUUGCCACGAAUCAUGAAACGAACAACCAUUCACAACAGAAAACAAACAACAAUGAUGAUAAGAAGGACUCGAACACUUCUCCUUCAUCUGUCAGUCACUCUAUCAAUAAUGUUCAAGUCAAGGAAGGUUUGACAGAGAGCAAUAUUCACUUCUUUUAUUUUGUAAUAUGUACAGAUCAAUGUGUAAAAAUUAUGAGAUGGGAGAAAAUUCAUAAGGACAGUAUGAAACAAUUAAUGAAAAUUGAAAGAAAGGGUAAAAGAGCAUUACAAUCGAGUAUGAUCAGAGAUUUAUUAUGUGUAAUAUGGGAAGAUGGCCUUGUCGUCUACAAAAUUUCAUAUUCAAAGGGAAAAUUUGAGCCAAUUUCUAAUAUAUUGUUGUGUGGAGGAAAAAUUCGACAAUUGCUUGCGGUUGAAGCGGAAGGAUGGAUCGUUCUUCAAGAGACCUCCAAGCGAGUUCUAGAAUUACCUCCGCAUCAAGACUCUUCCAAGAAUAACAUUGAUUCUGCAGUAACAACAAGUGACAUCACUCUAGUGGAGAACAACGUAAAUGAAGAGGAACGGACAAUUACUGACAACAAUUCUUCUCAAGUGAAUGAAAUUAUUGAACUCGUUAAAAAGCCCAAGGUACCCAAAGUCAAGCCUCUCUUGUUAAAUAAUUCACUCAUACUUCCAGAGCUAGACUUUUCCAUUAGUAAUGAUGAAGAGAAUCAUGAAAAGUAUCCAACAAAAAUUGUUUUUAUCAAAGUGGAGCAAAAUUCUCAAAUCAGGAUUGCUAACGAAGAGACUGGUAUUUUCACCACAUUUCCAGAUAUGAUUUAUGGAGCACAUGAUAGGCUCCAAAAUUCCAUCUUUCACGUUGUGACAUCUAAUAGGACAGAACCACAACUCGAAUACAUUGAAUACAAUUAUAAAUCACCACAGGAUUCACAAACUCAAUUGCUGGGCCUAGAAAAGGAUCAACGACUGCUCGGUCUCGACAUUAGCCAUCAACAGCCAGGCCUAGAUAAUGUUUUAAUCAUUCGAGCGCUCUCUGGAAAACGAGAAAAACAAGCGGGAGGAAUAUUCUUUUGCAACUUUAAGAAUGCAUUAGAAAAUUUUGAAAACGUUUCUCUAACCAAGUUCUUGAGGAAAAUUAAUCUUAAGGAAGAUCCAAAUGUUGCCACGCCAGUGACACCUUAUUUGAAUAAUUCUCCAAGAGGAGAUCCAUUUGGAAGCAUUUCUACUCCAGCGGCUGGAGUUACAGUGUCCUCUCCAAUACUCUUGCAUCAACAAAAUAAUCUGGUCAACAUGAUUUUACGAGAGUUGCGGGAAAUGCGAACGAGUAUGGAUGUCAAAUUGGAUAAUAUUCUCACAGAAAUGCACUCUCUCGAAAAUAGAGUGAAACGAAUAGAAAAUCAUUUGGAAAGCCAUAAGUAA